UCGAUUACACGAUUUAUCCCCUUUGACAAUAUUGAUUAUACGAUUAAUCAUCUGGUCUAUCCCGUCCCCGCCCGGCGGCCGCAGGUGGUGUUCCGGAACGCUCUGGAGAUCGGCUUCCUGGGCGGGCAGUACUUCCUGUACGGGUUCCGCGUGCCGGCCAUCUUCGAGUGCGACCGCUACCCCUGCGUCAAGGAGGUGGAGUGCUACGUCUCGCGGCCCACCGAGAAGAGCGUCUUCCUCGUCUUCAUGUUCGCCGUCUCGGGCGUCUGCGUCCUGCUCAACCUGGCCGAGCUCAACCACCUGGGCUGGCGCAAGGUGCGCGCCGCCGUGCGCGGGGCCCGGGCGCGCCGCAAAUCCCUGGGGGAGGCGCGCAGGAAGGAGCCGGCGGCGCCCGCGCCCGCCCUGGGCAGGACGCAGUCCAGCGAGUCGGCCUACGUGUGAAUUUGAUGGGAUAAUUGGGAUAAUUGGGAUUGGGAUUGGGAUUGAUCGGGGCAGGACGCAGUCCAGCGAGUCGGCCUACGUGUGAAUUUGGGAUUGGGAUAAAUGGGAUAAUUGGGAUUGGGAUAAU